AGGUCGAGUUGUGUCUGGGAUGCAUUGAGUGGGCAAAAAGUGAGAAGAGAGUCUUUUUAAGACAAGCUUUAGAGGUAUGGCUAAUGUGUAUCUCAUUUUUACCUGCAUGCAUGCAUGGAUAUUAUGGGAAAAGCGGUAAGGCCAAAAAAAAUAUGUGGGUUUCCUAUUUCUUCUUGUAAAAACUUAGGUAGGGUAGGUCGGUUUUAACUUUUUUUUAAACUUUUUUUUAAACUUUUUUUUAAGUUUUCCUAACAACCGGACGCCAUUUUGUUUAGUCAGUGCUUCCACAUUCAAAGAUAAAUUUCCCUAAUAUUGCCUCAAAUUUCCAUUUUUCACAAAUGUUUUCCUUUAAGUGGAAACACUUGCAAGCAUGAUCCAUACAUUUUGCCAUUGUCUACAUCUGUCCAGGUAUAGAUAAUUAUACAAAUACAAUAUAGCGUUAUGCCGUUAUCAGUUGAAGGAAUAGGGAACUUCAGCUACUGUAGCAGGAUGGCAAGGCAUACUGAAGUUGUGCAGAUUAUUAUAUGUUAAAUUAGUAUUCUUAAAUAUUUUAGUCGAGACUGGUUGGUUUAUACUAUGGUGUGAAAGAAUACCAAAAGGCUCUUUCAUUAGGUAUGUAAAACACACAAUUUUUCUUUAUGUAUAUAUUACGUAUAUGUAUUUAUAUGUAAUGGUCACGCUUGUUAGCGUGACCAUUAGUGUCGUGUGGUAUGCUCACUGUGGUGUUUACCACAAAUACGUCGUAUAAAAAGACUUUUUAAAGAAUUAAUAUUCGAAAACCGUUAUGACAAGAAUAUUUAUCUGAUAAUUUUUCAGGUUCUAAAUUAUUGAAAGAAUUAAAGAAAUUAGAUGAUAAGAUGUUACUUGUUGAAGUACAAUUAUUGGAAAGCAAAAUAUAUCACUCAUUAAAGAAUGUUCCAAAAUCAAGGUAG